GCAGGUUCUUCAAGAGGUUUGUCAGCAGCAACAUCCAGGGAAGAAGACGAUGACUCCAGCAACAACGCCAGUAAUGAAUCUAAAAGCCCUGGACAAAGAACAAAGUCGAACCAAAGAUGGAUGAAGCUAAGGACAACGGUGCAGCUGAGUUCAGCGAUCCAAAAGAAACCACCAUUGAAGAGAGAAGAUUCCUUCCUAAAGCGGUUUUCGACGCGACAAAUUCCAGAAACUCAGGAAACUGUAGAAGAUACCGGUUCAGAAGGAGCAACUGGGGAGCAAAGAGCAAGCAACCGUAAGAGGCGGCGGAAAGUAAGAGUGCCACGGACCGUUGUCAACCCAGAUGAAAAUUUUUACUUCUAUUGGCUGUGGCUGAUCACCAUUUGCGUACUGUACAACCUAUGGACCCUCAUCGUGAGGCAAAGCUUCCCCGAAUUACAGAUCAUGUGCCACUACUUCUGGUUGACUUGCGAUGGUAUUGGAGACGUGGUGUUUGCCCUUGACCUGGUAGUGCAGCUUCGGACUGGAUAUUUAGAACAGGGGCUUAUGGUUUACGAUUCAAAAAAGCUUGCAAAACAUUACCUGGCAUCACGACCCUUUCUGCUGGAUAUCGCAGCCUUAACACCAUUAGACCUCAUACAGUUGAAGAUUGGAACCAACCCUAUUAUACGCUUUCCAAGAUUUCUUAAGGUCUACAGAGCAGUAAGCUGCUACUAUAUAGUGGAGUCCAGGACGGUUUACCCAAACUUCUGGCGCGUCAUCAACCUCAUUCAUAUACUGCUUAUAUUAGCACAUUGGUUUGGCUGUUUUUACUUUCUGCUAUCAGAAGCUGAAGGAUUCCAGGGUGACUGGGCAUAUCCUCAUCGGCCGGGUGACUACGCAACUCUGACCAGGAAGUAUCUAGGAUCCCUCUAUUGGUCAACAUUAACGCUGACUACGAUCGGGGAUUUACCCACGCCAGAAACAAAUGCUGAAUACAUAUUCACGAUCGUUAGUUACUUGAUUGGGGUUUUCAUCUUUGCUACCAUCGUGGGACAAGUAGGCAACGUUAUCACGAAUAGGAAUGCAAACAGACUCGAGUUUGAACGUCUGUUAGAUGGUGCGAAGACAUAUAUGAGACAUCAUAAAGUCCCAGGAGGCAUGAAACGACGUGUACUUCGAUGGUACGAUUACUCUUGGUCUCGGGGGAGGAUACAAGGCGGCGGUGACAUCAACACAGCCCUCGGCCUAUUACCUGACAAACUCAAGACUGAACUUGCUCUGCAUGUGAAUCUGAGUGUAUUGAAAAAGGUUACAAUUUUCCAAGAAUGUCAACCCGAGUUUCUUCACGAUCUAGUUCUGAAAAUGAAGGCGUACAUUUUCACGCCAGGAGAUUCAAUAUGCAGAAAAGGUGAAGUUGCUCGCGAGAUGUUUAUAAUAGCGGAUGGUAUUUUAGAAGUUAUAUCAGAGACCGGCCGAGUUUUGACUACGAUGAAAGCGGGUGAUUUUUUUGGCGAAAUCGGCAUAUUAAACCUUGAUGGCUUGAACAAACGCACAGCAGAUGUCAGAUCAGUUGGUUACUCCGAACUCUUUUCACUUUCGAGAGAAGAUGUCUUAGCUGCUAUGAAGGACUAUCCUGAAGCCCAAGAUAUACUGCAAACCUUAGGCAGAAAACGUUUGCAAGAGGCGAAAAAUAUGUCAAGGCAGAAAGUCAAAAGUAAGACGACAGGUGAAGUAAGCCCUGAUAAAGCUGGAGGGGAAGACAGCACUUCUAAACGAAUAGUCCACAAGCUUAGAACUGACGUCAAGGGAAUUCGCAAUGCAAUACGCAGUAGAUCCCGGGUGGGGCGACGAUCGGGCGAAUCAUUAGAGCUUCAGUCGUUGGCGAGCAGUGAACCCAAAUUACGACGCAUGCCGAGGGUUGAAAGUGAUGACUCGCAACACCAGAAUCAAGAUGAUAAUGGUGAAACAACUUCAGGAAGCAAAGAUGGUGAAAAAAUAAUUUCUCCAAUAGGCGCUGGACUACCAUUACUAUCUCGUCUUAAGUUACUUAAAGAGAAACAGGAUCGCGAAGAAAAGGUAGCGAAACAAAGAAAUUCGACAUCAUCAAUAAUAUCACCUCCAGCGUUGCAUCCUAUUCCCUCAACAAGUUCUGCACCUGAUGUAGAACCAGAGGUAAUUGGUGCAGGGCUUCCUUUAUUGCAAAGAUUACUGUUGCUUAAAGCAAAAGAUGAAAGAGAAAAAAAUCAAUUAACACCUACUACUAGUAAUCAACCAUCCAGCUCCGAAACAAUCAGUCCUAGCUCAAUAAAAAGCCCUCUGAGUCCUACUGUAAAAAAUUUAAGUCCUUUAAGAAAAGGGUCAGAAUCUAGUUCACCUGGUAAACUUCAAAGCCCAACGACAAAAAUGUCUAGGAAAAACUCAUCGGGAUCAAGUGAUGGAACAUCUAAACCGAAAGUUAGUUUUAAAGAUAAAAUUCUACAAGUUCAAAGUGAUGGUACGGCGGUAUGCCAGCCUCUCAACAAAGACAUCAGCGAAAAACCAGCUGCUUUCGUAGAACCAACGCCAAAAACUGAAGUAAAUACAAUAUCUAUACCCCACUCUGUCGUAAGUAAAAUCAAAUCACCUGCUAAGUCUAUGGGAUCGACUUUUCGAGACAAAUUAAAAAUAUUGCAAAGUGGGACUUCGCCAAAAGAAACUGAAACAUCUUCCACAGAGAAAUGUAAAACAUUAAUUUGUGAGAAAGCUUCUGUUGAAAUAAAUCCGGUACAGGGAAAAGAAUCCCAAGAGGAAACAAAAAAUAAAAAACCAUGGAAUAAACUUAAAAAAGCUGCAAUACUUGGGGAAUCAAAAAGUUAUAGUAAAUCUAGUUUUGAGGAUAAAAGUGAAAAAGAGAAUACAGUUGAAAGGCCUGUCGUUGGAUGUUUGGAAUCAAAUAUUUGUGUGCCUAAAAUAAAUACAGCAGAACUUGUUAAAAUAGACAACAAUAAUACUGUUAUUCAAAGUGACACAGACAAGAAAGACAGUUCGCUGAUUUCCCAAUCGACUGGGUUAGAACCAGUCCAACAGAAAUCUUUGGAUUUGCUAACUAUGUCGCCAAAGAAAGGUCAAACUUGUGUUACUAGGUCAAACGAUCGAAUACCUUCCACAGUAGGCAGUGGUUUACUAUCAAAAGACAAAAAAUACCGAUCCAUAGAUGAUCUGUCUCCAGAGUAUGGUGGUCUACCAUUCGUUAAAAAACUUAAAAUAUUAAACGAAAGACAGAAAUUGGCAGAACUUGAAAAAGUGAUUAAAAUCAGAAGUUCAAGUCUAGACUGCACGGGAUCUUCAGAAGAUUUACUAUCCGAUACGCUUACAAGAAGUCAUUCCGAAGGUAGUACAAUGGACAAACGAAAAUUCAAACGAAAAUCUUCCGAUACAGUAGAAAUGCAUGAAUCAAAUGAAACACUUGAAAGACGCACACUCAAGUCUAUUUUAAAGAAAUUAUCUGAAGAUGUCACUCCCACGGAGAGUCCCGAAAAAAGCAAUGAAUUAAGAAAAUUAAUUCGUGCACCAACCUUGGAAGGGUAUGCAGCAAGACACUCCAAAUUUUCAAAAAGUGUAACAUUUCACCGUCAUACCUUACCUUCGCCUCCUACCAGUAUACCUUUAGAUGACACAGACGAAGUAUUCACUGUUACUACACCUUUAGCCUCUUCUUUAACCCAAUCAUCUCCUCCAGAAAUAACUAUAUCAGAUACUAAAGAAACUCCUUUACCUCCUCAAAAUCAAAUUAAUAAUUGUAAUGUAAAAUCUGUUUCAAAUACACAAAAUUUUGAAUCUAAUGUAGGAAUCGAUAACAAACCGCAAGAUAAUGUUGAACCGCCAUAUGAUUAUAAAUCACUCCGGCCGGAGGAUAUUCGAGUACCUUCUGAAAAAUCCAAAAUAACGAUAAUAUCAGCAGUAGCUAAUCAAAGAAAAUUAUUAAGAGGUUCUAUUGAAGAACAAGAAUACUUCGGUGAAGUGCUUCUUGGAAUCAAACAAGUAAUACAAGGGCAUUUACACGAAGUUCAAGGAAAGUUUCAGGAAAGAUUCAACAGUUUAGAAAACGAAGUUCGCAAACGUGAUGAAAUAAUAAGUCAGCUUCAAAAUCGUAUACAAGAACUAGAAAGACUUGGUCUAUCAGUACCGUCGACGAGAGAAACAGCGUUUUCGGAUAUGCCAGAAUUAAAUAAAAGUAAUAGUAAUACACUAAACCAACAGCAAUCGAAAAAUACUAGUUCUGGAAGUGACGAUAAUAUAUCUGUCAUCGAUGAAGGAUUUAUGAGAGGUGACUCUUUAGAUACAGUGUUUACGACCUCACCACCAGAAGUAACUGAUGAAGACCCUAAAUUGUUAGAACAAGAAAUUUCGCUAAAAUCGCCCGAAGACACUGUAACUAACGAAGAGUUAACGGAAGAAACACUUACAGAAAUUACUGAAGGAAUAGAAUUAACAAAGCUCUCUUAUUCAGAACUACAAAGUUUAGCAGAUUCUUUAUCGAAUAGAGCAAGUAAAACUUCUAGUAAAGACGACUGGACUGUAAGCAAAUCGAAACGUUUAGAUUUAAAUUUAGAUGGGAAAGCUGGUACUUAUUCGAGAAAACGAGCUGAAAAAUUGAAACAAAGAAAAUCAUGGGAUGAUCAAAGUAACCAAGAAACAUUAGAGUUGCAAGAUUUGACAAGGCCAUUAUCACCGCAUACCACUUCCGAAGACCGUUCGCUACUUAGUCCAGAACAAUCUAGUCUCCGAACUAGCAGACGAGGAAUACAUCCCUUUCAAUUCUUCGGCACGCAUCUCGAUAACACUAAGAGCAAAAUAAAAAAAACCCUUUCCGUGGACACAGGAAUGCAUCAAACGGGAAGAAAAGAUAUAAAACAAAGAUCACAUAGGCAACAACGCAAAUUUAGUCUAGGUUCUUUCUUCGGCUAUAACCGUGGUGCUACAUCAAAGAACACAAAUUGCAAUGAUGUGGUGCUGGAUAUGGGCAGCGACCUUAGUUGGAGUGAAAGUACGUCAACAUCAUCAAGUAGUGAUUCCGAGUCAGUACCGCGCACGCCGGUAUUCGAAGAAUUUGUAGACAGUAACUCUAAACGAGGCCGUGGUUUCUCUAGUCAUGGAAAUGAAUCACCUAUUAGAGUGUUUGCUGGCAGUGGAAGUGAUUGGGAAGUAAUGAUGCUGGCCGAUGAAUUAGAAAAGAGGGAACGGGAAAAGGAAAGAGAUGACGGCAGACGACAUCAUUAUCCUUCAACUUUAAGAGACUUAGAAGAGGAAUCCGAUACCCCACAGCGUGAAGACAGCCCAGAUGACCUCUCCAACAUGGAGGAUUCAAGUUCUACUACACAACUGCUAUCACAGACGAGCGACACAUCGCACCGUUCGUUGGAGACUGCCUUUGCGGACACUGGCCGACGACAGUAUCGUGUCGGAUCCGUCGGAGAACAGACAACACCUGGGCCAUCUUUACUGCCUUCAAGAGGUCUCAUAUUGAGAGCGGCGAGUUUGGAUCGCGACACUCCUUCGACCGUCCCUGGAAACAGACGAUACGGCUCUCUUAAGAGUUCAAGUAGUGAAUCUCAUAAAAAGCUCUGAUCCGGUAAACAACAAGACCCACUAAGAACUGAAAUAACAAAAAAAGAUGCCAAACCCCAGCAUUGUAAAAAAAACAUAUUACAUAAUCAUGAAACUGUAAACGUAGAAAAUAAUAAUCCUGGUCCAAAAGUUAGUAGUAGUGGUAGCCGAAAAGUUGAUUUAAAUGAAAACGUAGUUGUUACCGGUCCGAGGAAUGGAUUGGAUAAACAACAGAAACUGUCUGGUGGGUCAAUAAUCGAAGACGAUCUUGAAAGGUCGCUGGACCGAUUUGAUGUUAGAGGUCAAUUAGUUAUAAUUAUUGUCAUUGUGAACGAUACACAUUUUAUAGUAAUUUAUUUCUCCAUGUAAUAUCUCAGUAUUGUUGUAAGUACAUCUAACUUAUUUAAUAAUUUAUUUAUUGUGUUGAUAGUAUGUAAGUUAUCUGAAUAAAAAGGGUUUCAUCGAAACAUUUGAACUGCACAAAUUACUUGUCUUUAGUAGGUACUUGCUGAACUAUUAAGUUAGCUAUUUUUAAUUUUAGAGAUAGACCCCCGGAACAUAAUAAGUGUGAGACCAGCCCACUUUAAUUAUGAAUUCCCAUAGCAGAAUAUUAUAAAAUUGUGUUGUUCUGUGUAUAAAGAGCUCGAGCGCUAGCCUAUAAAUGAGUAAUUUUGUAGCUUAAUGUAGUUUUCGGUUUGUGACCGUAGAUCAACAAAGUUUUGGAAAAAUUAAGUUCCAAUGAUGCCAAUUAUUCUGUUGUAGCUAUACAUCUCGAUAAAUUGACAGUUCUUAAAAUAGUGCUGUAAUCCACAGAUUGAAAAUGAUAUAAAAUGACAUAAUGAAAAUGAUGGCACUACUUGUUGUUCUGUCAAUUUAAUUCACUUUAGAGAUUUGUGUACAACAGGAUUGGCACCAGUGGCAAAGCUUCGUGAGAGCUGCGGCAGAUAUCAGGGGAUGGCAUUUAGAAAACAAGUAAGCGGCGCAUUUGUUUGUUUGUUGCGUCUGCCCUUCUAGGACCAUAUUGUCAUAAAGGCGCCUGGUAGCGUGGCCUGCUCGCUGUAUGCCCUCCAAUUCGUCAAAAUAUAUACGGGACGCCGCGCCACCGCAACCCGCUGACCAUAAAUGCCUUAUUAGUGCGUUGUUUUGCGUAGUCAGAACCUAUUGUAGCCAAAACGCAAAGCACGAAAACGAAGCAGUGUCGAUGCAAUGCAACUCAACGCACUAUAUAUGAGGUUGAGCUAUUAUCAGGCUGGAUAAAAUAUUACACUUUUUUUAUCGUAAAAAGCGAAGCAUUAAGUGUUUAUAUAGAUUAGUAGACAGCGCCUAAGACACAAUUACUCCUAACAAACAAUGAAACCUUUCAAAAAUAAAUAUUGUAAAAAAUGCAAACUAGCUCGAAUUAGUUCACCAAUAAUUUUAGUGUUAAAGUGGGCCAGUGAGAAAAUACCUAAAUCAGAAUUUAUUUAUUGAUAAUAUUAUUAUCUAGUUAUUACCCGUAGGUAUUACAAAA